UCAUUUACCUUUUCCAUUUUUUUCCUUUUCUCCACGUCAAAACGGGACGCAGAAUUUAAUACCCCACCGUUUCAGCAGUUUAAUCAUAAUUUCCCCUAACUACCCUCCUUUUCAUCCCACAAUUACGUCGUAUAACUCAUGGUACCCACGUAAAUUCAAGGUAAUUGAAUCCCUUUUCCUAAACUUAAAACCAUUCGAUCCGCCUCUAGAAAGCAAACAUCAAACUCACUAGAACUCUCUAGCUUACUUUCUGAAUUCUCCUCGAAACCACUCUAAUUUUCUCGAACUUCCUAGUAAAAUGUUCCUCUAAAUUUCUAAAACACUAUAAAGCCACGUUCUGUCCCAGACCCACCUCAGAUUCUGCAUUCUGUUCACAAAAUAUCAACAAAAACUCUGUAGAAGUUAGCUUUCGCUUUUGUUCUUUUAAGCUUGGUUUGAACAAUGGCAACAAAAACUGAAGGCAAGGCGAUAGGCAUAGACCUGGGCACAACUUACAGCUGUGUCGGGGUAUGGUUGAACGACCGUGUCGAGAUCAUCCCGAACGACCAAGGCAACCGAACCACUCCUUCUUACGUAGCCUUCACCGACACCGAGCGUUUAAUAGGCGACGCAGCCAAGAACCAAGUCGCUAUGAACCCUCAGAACACCAUUUUCGACGCUAAAAGGCUAAUUGGUCGUCGUUUCUCGGACCCUUCCGUUCAAAGCGACGUCAAGCUCUGGCCUUUUAGGGUCAUCCCUGGCCCUGGAGAUAAACCCAUGAUCGUAGUUCGUUAUAAAGGGGAAGAGAAGCAGUUUUCUGCAGAGGAAAUUUCGUCCAUGGUGUUGACUAAGAUGAAGGAGGUAGCUGAAGCUUUUUUGGGGCAUCCUGUGAAGAACGCUGUGGUUACGGUUCCUGCUUAUUUUAAUGACUCGCAAAGGCAAGCAACGAAGGAUGCUGGUGCUAUAUCCGGGCUUAAUGUAAUGAGGAUUAUCAAUGAGCCAACGGCUGCUGCUAUUGCUUAUGGUUUGGAUAAGAAAGCUUCAAGAAAAGGCGAGCAAAAUGUUCUCAUCUUUGACCUCGGAGGUGGUACUUUUGAUGUUUCCUUGUUGACGAUUGAAGAGGGAAUUUUUGAAGUUAAAGCUACAGCUGGUGAUACCCAUCUCGGUGGUGAAGAUUUUGAUAACAGAUUGGUUAAUCAUUUUGUCGCCGAGUUUAGGAGGAAGCAUAAGAAGGAUAUCAGUGGAAAUGCUAGAGCUUUGAGGAGGUUAAGGACGGCUUGUGAGAGGGCAAAGAGGACUUUGUCUUCGACUACUCAGACGACUAUUGAGAUUGACUCUUUGUUUGAAGGGAUUGAUUUUUAUGCUACGAUUACAAGGGCGAGGUUCGAGGAGUUGAACAUGGAUUUGUUUAGGAAAUGUAUGGAACCAGUGGAGAAGUGCUUGAAAGAUGCUAAAAUUGAUAAAGGCCAUGUUCAUGAGGUGGUUCUGGUCGGUGGGUCAACUAGGAUUCCCAAAAUUCAACAAAUGUUGCAAGAUUUUUUCAAUGGGAAAGAGCUUUGCAAGAGCAUAAAUCCUGAUGAAGCUGUUGCAUAUGGGGCUGCGGUUCAAGCUGCAAUUCUUACUGGUGAAGGGGAUGAGAAGGUGCAAGAUUUGUUGUUACUUGAUGUUACACCUCUCAGUCUUGGGUUGGAAACUGCUGGUGGGGUGAUGACUGUUUUGAUUCCAAGAAAUACCACGAUUCCAACCAAAAAGAACAUUUUCUCAACUUAUUCUGAUAAUCAGCCUGGUGUUUUGAUCCAAGUUUACGAGGGAGAGCGAGCUCGAACCAAGGAUAAUAAUUUGCUUGGCAAAUUUGAGCUUACUGGUAUCCCUCCAGCUCCAAGGGGUGUGCCUCAAAUCAAUGUUACCUUUGAUAUAGAUGCAAAUGGUAUAUUGAAUGUAACUGCUGAGGAUAAGACAGCUGGUGUUAAAAACAAGAUUACUAUCACCAAUGAUAAGGGAAGGCUGAGCAAGGAAGAGAUUGAGAAGAUGGUGAAAGAUGCAGAGAGGUACAAGGCAGAGGAUGGGGAAGUGAAGAAGAAAGUGGAGGCAAAGAAUGCAUUGGAGAAUUAUGCAUAUAACAUGAGGAACACAGUGAGGGAUGAGAAAUUUGCAGCGAAAUUGAACCCUGAUGAUAAGGAGAAGAUCGAGAAGGCAGUGGAGGAGACAAUUGAGUGGCUGGAUAGGAACCAAUUAGCGGAAGUUGAUGAGCUAGAAGACAGGCUUAAGGAGCUGGAAAGUAUAUGCAAUCCUAUAAUUUCAAAGAUGUAUCAGGGUGGUGCCGCUGAUGGUGACGUGCCUAUGGGUGGUAAUAUGCCCGGUGGUGGCUAUACCGGGUCUGGGUCUGGUUCUGGCCCUGGACCAAAGAUUGAGGAGGUGGAUUGAAGUUGAAGCAAAGAGAGAGCUUUUGCCUUUUACAUAGCAAGGCUGGUUUGGUUCAGCGUUUUUAGUUAAGGGCUACUUUUGUUAGUAAAUCAGUUAAAGGAACUUUGUACUUGUUGCUUUGUACUGUCUUAGGUUCUAUAUAAAAAUUGCUCCAAGUUCAAACCUUUUUCUAGUGAAUCUAAUUGCAAGAUCAAUUACUUCUGUAAUUUUGUCAUUGCUACAUGAACUUGUUUAGUUUAGCUAUUAAAAAAAACAAUAGAAAUUCGAAAGCCACAGCAAUUUACAAAACGGGUUGGACUUUCCGGGCCCAAAGUUCGAAAACUCCAGUCUCUCGUAGUCACA